CCAAUACAGGCUAGUUGAGGUUUCGGUGGCGAGAAACAGCCAGCUAACGUUACGUAUUGCUAACCAAGAAUCUGACUACACCGUCACAUUAAUAAAUAGUAAUAGGCAUCUCUAGCGAUAUUUGUGCCCCCCGAGUGUAGUUAUGAGUUCAGAGUCGGCAGUCCUGUUGGAAACCAUAAGCUUCGCUGCAGAGAAACAUCGAUGCCAGCGUCGCAAAGACCCUGAAGGAACCCCAUACAUCAACCACCCCAUAGGGGUGGCAAGGAUCUUGAGCCACGAAGGUGGAAUCACUGAUAUCGAAGUUUUACAAGCAGCACUUCUUCAUGACACUGUAGAAGAUACAGACACGACUGUUGAAGAACUAGAGACUGUGUUUGGAAAUACAGUAUCAAGGAUUGUCCAGGAAGUGACUGAUGACAAAUCGCUGCCUAAACAUGAAAGAAAACGCCUGCAAGUGGAACAUGCACCUUACUGCAGUCACCAGGCCAAACUGGUCAAAUUGGCUGACAAGUUGUAUAAUCUACGGGACCUUAAUCGCUGCACGCCUGUAGGUUGGACACCUGAACGUGUUCAGGAGUACUUUGUAUGGGCAGCGGAAGUAGUAAAAGGGCUUCGUGGAACCAACCCUGUGCUCGAAGUAAAGCUUCUGCAACUUUUCAAUGAGAGAGGCUUGGAGAUAUGACACUGAUAAAGCACUACCUCACACUACUCAAUUAUUAUAACUUUGUAAGCACUGAUAAAUUCCUGUUAUAUUUAUGAAUCAGACCAUGCAUUUGUGUUAACUGUAUUGUUUUGCAGAAUAAAGAUGGCCAAUGACUGUAAUAAACUGUUAUUGACAAGAAUAA